AUGCAUUUAAUUGUACUACAGGUGCUGGAGAUCGAGGGCCAGAAUGUGUCCACUUUGGGAUUCCAGGCUGUCAUCGCCAUCGCUCAGACCCAGAGGAACAUCCCUCCCAGCAUCGGAGUUGUGUCUCGCAUCCAGCAGAUGGACAUCACCCCGGGUCCUGACGGUCGUUUUGGCUUCACCAUCGUGGGAGACUGCCCCCUCCUGGUGGAGGAUUGUUCCCCCUGCUCUCCGGCAGGACGAGGUGGCCUGCGGGCCGGCGACUACGUCAUGGAGGUCAACAGGAUCCCGGUGAGGCACCACGAGAUGGCGGCGGCGCUGAUCAAGGCGUCCCAGGGGCGUACGCUGAGACUAGGGGUGCUGUGUCUGGGGCCCAGACGGAAAAUACGCAGCAGUGAGAGUAUGGAUGAGAUACAGCUUGAGGGAGACGGGAUGAGGACGGACCGCAAACACAAGGCCCUGGAGUUCAACAGGAAGAUUGACCAGAUUUUGGGGGAGGAGCCUGAGGUGAAGGAGAAGUUGUUUGCGGUGCUGAAGCAGUAUGCUGCGGAGAAGAAGGUUGAUUGGCUGGCCUCUGUCCUCCCAGACAUCCUCACCACUGACGAGCAGCAGACGCUCAUCGGCCACAUCAGCUAA